CGUGACGGGGCCGGAAGGUGGCGGGAGGGGGCCGGGCCGGAGCCGGCGGGAGGGCCAGGCCCGGUGGCCCCCACCCUGGCGUGCCCGCCCCGGCCGCGGCUGAGGAGGAAGAGGAGGAUGAUCUCCAGAUACACUCGGAAGGCGGUGCCCCAGAGUUUGGAGCUGAAAGGAAUAACAAAACAUGCUCUGAAUCAUCAUCCCCUUCCAGAGCAGCUGGAUGAAGUUUCCUCUGCCAAUGACAGCCAUGAAAAAGACACAAGUUCCCAAAGUGAGUCCAACAUCACACAAGAAUCACCUUUUACAUCAGCUGACACUGGGAAUUCAAGGUCUGCGUUUCCAAGUUAUACAGGCACAGGGAUCUCUACUGAAGGCAGCUCGGACUUCUCCUGGGGAUAUGGUGAACUUGAUCAAAAUGCCACUGAGAAAGUCCAGGCAAUGUUCACAGCCAUUGAUGAGCUCUUAUAUGAGCAGGAGUUGAGUGUACAUACUAAGGGUCUACAAGAAGAGUGCCAACAGUGGACAAGUAGUUUUCCUCACCUCAGGAUUCUGGGUAGGCAAAUAAUCACUCCAAGUGAAGGUUAUGGACUGUAUCCUAGAUCCCCUUCUGCUGUUUCAGCUUCACAUGAGGCAACACUGUCUCAAGGAAGAGAUUCUACUAUAUUUGGUAUUAAGGGAAAGAAGUUACAUUUUUCAUCUUCUUAUGCUCAUAAAGCAUCUUCCAUUGCCAAAUCCCCUGGCUUGUGUUCUAUGGAAAGAGGAGAGGAAGACUAUGUAAUCUUCUCUGAAGGAAUAAUAGAGGAAUACCUAGCAUUCGACCACACAGAUAUGGAAGAGGGGUUUCAUGGAAAGAAAUCAGAAGCAGCUACAGAGAAACAGAAAUUAGGGUACCCUCCCAUUGCUCCAUUUUACUGCAUGAAAGAAGAUGUCCUUGCUUAUGUGUUUGACGACGUGUGGAGCAAGGUUCUGAGCUGUAUGGAGCAGUUGACACGUAGUCACUGGGAGGGAUUUGCUUCUGAUGAUGAGAGUAAUGUUGCAAUCACCAGAUCGGCUUCAGAAAGCCCCUGUGUGCUGAGUGAACCACAGCCUUUGGUCUUACCUCGAGUGCCACAGUCUAAGGUGCUGUCCAUCACUUCAAAUCUGAUGAGUCUCUGUCAAGCAGCAAGUGGUCAUCAGCCAAAUGUGAAUGGUCUCUUGGUUCAUGGGAUGCCUCUACAGCCAAGAAAUCUCUCCCUAAUGGACAAGCUCCUAGAUCUUGAUGACAAGCUACUAGUGAGGCCUGGGUCCAGUACCAUCCUUUCAAUGCGAAAUUGGCCAAAUCGAGUCCUGGAGCUUAGUGCAUCAUCUCUGUCAUAUACAGUGCAGUCUGCCAGGAGACGCAUCCCCCCACCACGUACCCUUCAUCCCAUCAGCACAAGCCAUUCACGCGCUGGAACACCAAGACCUGUGGAAGAAAUCCUCAGAGGAUCCCGAGUCCCAGCGGCAGCUGACUCGCUCUCCUCUCCCUCACCAAUGCCUCUGAGUCGAAAUAAUCUGCUGCCACCUAUUGGCACAGCUAAAGUGGAACACUUGAGCACUAUGGGGCCACAAACGCAAACGAAAACCCAUGGCGAUUCCAGUCGAGCUCGAAGCGCAGUGGUGGAUGAACCUAACCAUCAGCAGCCCCAGGAGAGGUUCCUUUUACCUGACUUUUUCUCCAGGCCCAACACAACGCAGUCAUUUUUGCCAGAUACACAGUAUCGCCGUUCAUGUGCUAUUGAGUACCCUCAUCAGGCCCAACCUAGCAGGGGAUCUGCAGGGACAGGUCCUCAGUUACACGGAUCUACAAAAUCUCAAAACAGAGGUGGACCAGUCUCUAGGACCAGGCAGGGACCAUAGGGCAAAUGACAAGAAGCUGUUUCAGCCUGCAGGGAACACAUGGGAAGACUUCAUGAACCAGUGUUGUCAUCCCUGAUGCAGAGCGUGUACACGAGACAACCUGAAACCAUCUUCAUGAAGAGUUAUUUUGGUACAACUGACUGAGCAAAAAAGACAGUAUCCACCGAAGAUUACACAGGUACUGUUUCGAUCUCCAGUUACUGUCUCCUUUCAGCAUAAGUUAACCUCUUCCACUGGACAGUAAAGCUUGUACCCAAAGAUGUAACAAAUGAAUUAGUACUCCCAAAUAACUGCUCAUGUUGUCUGUUAACAAUGAUCAGUUCAAUUAUUAUAGGAUUCUAUGAGACUAUACAUACACAAACAGCAGCAAAUGAUUGUUUGAUAACCUUAAGUUAUCACUGGGGCUUUGGAAUACUUCUGCUUGUACUGAUUUCUGGAUUGUUGUACUCUCAGUUUUAAGGAGACAGUGCUGUCAAAAAGCUGAGCUAUUCAUCAAAGAGAUGUCAUUCCUAAAGCUUUCUCUUGAGAUGUUCAAUGCCAUAGGCAGAUAGAGAUGGAAAGGGUAACUAAAGACAUAAAUGUUGAGCACUGGUGUAAAGUAACUUAUGUAAUAAAUCAUACUGCAUAUUUUUUUCAGAUAGGACAGCUCAACCUCACAGUGCCUGCUUGAUAUCAGGUCAUGCUUCUUUUCUUCUUAAAGUACUUUAGUGGUCAUUUUUUUUUCUUUCAAAAUAUUAACCUCACUUUGCCAGAUUUUCUCCUAUAGCUCUAAGAAAGUCAAUUAAAAAAUAUAUAGACUUCCUACUAGUGAGUCAGCAAGAUGCAAUUCCUUUCAAUUUCAGCAAGUUUGGCAAUUAGUCCAGUAUAAACAUAUCCUGAGAGCAGAAGUAGAGAACUUUGGCAUUCUUCUGAUUUUACCAUGGACCUUUUCCUGAGCACACUCAUGAAUGCAGCAAUGGUUUUAACUAUAGCUUAAAUUUAUUUUAUUUCAAUUUCCUUGAACUUUAAUUUUGAUGAUUAUACCGGUUUUAGAUUUUAGUGUUAAUUUUCAGAGUAGAUAAAUUCAAAUGAUCAUAAAUUGGGGCAAUUUUUUUAUUAU